AUGUUCCUUGCUGCAGUUGCAAGGCCUCGCUUUAACGAUGCUGGGGAAUGCACUUUUGAUGGGAAGUUAGGAAUUUUCCCAUUUGUUAAAUGGGUACCAACAAAGAGAAGAAGCAAGAACAGACCGGCUGGAACCCCGGAGUUAAAAGCAAUUAAUUCAGUCACCAAGAAUGCAUAUAGAAGGAUGUUAAUCAGACAACUUAUACCAGCCAUUCAAGAGAAGUGGCCAACUGAUCAUGAAGGGCCUAUUUUCAUUCAACAAGAUAACGCGACACUACACAUUCAAACAGAUGAUGUAGAGUGGUUAGAAGCAAUCAAAGAAUCAAACAAAGACUUAAGGUUAGUUUUCCAACCACCAAACAACCCUGAUCUUAAUGCAUUAGACUUGGGCUUUUUUAGAGCAAUUCAAUCUUUAAAGGACCAGACAGCCCCUACAACAUAUCAACAGUUGCUAGGAAGUGUAAAAGAUGCAUUUAAUUUGUUUUGUCCAAUUAAGGGGAAUAGGAUAUUUUUGAGCCUUCAAUUAGUCCUGAUUCAAAUCAUGAAGGCUAAGGGUAGCAAUGAUUAUCAGCUUGCACAUACUGCCAAGGAGAGUUUAGCUCGGCAAGGCAUACUACCCACAAUAUUAUUCCCAUCCCCUGAGUUAGUUCAAGAAACAUUGGAUUAA